AUAUUUGAGCUUUUUUCUCUCUCCACCCGUAACUUUCUCUCUCAAGUCACAUCCUAAAAAUCAAUUGUGUAAAGCUCCGGCAUUCGGGCGUGAGCGGCCGUGCCGGCGCCGGAAGCGUGCCCUUUCACCUCCUCUCCUCUCUUUUUCCUUUGCCUUGCUGUGGUAUCUCUCACUCUCCCCGUUUUGUUGCGGCUCUGUAUCGGGUAGCUUGGUCGGCACCGUCUUUAAUCGCGAGGAGCUCCGGUUCCAACUCAGGCUAGGCUAGAUCUUGGAGUCAAGGCGCGGCGUGCAGUGUGGUUGCUGACGGCAGGGUCGGCUCUUAGGGUCUUGCAGAUGGCUCCUUAAAGCCGCUUGGUGAGUAGACGGAGAUUGGAGGAGGUAAGCAGUUCUCUUUUCAGAUCCGGUGUCCAGUUUCCUUCUGGUUAUACCUUGAUGGUCUGAGGCUGGAAGAUGUCGAUGAAGAUCUGUCGUUUUUACCCUCGGUGUCUUGGGUAAGUCGCGACCUAGCAUCUACAUCAUGAGAGCCCUGGAGGUCCGACUACUCAGGGAGGGGCGUAGCUAAUGGCGUUUUCGUGUGUUAACGACUUUGGUGUUUGGUUUCUUGGAGAUGCUCACCACCGUGUGACGGAGUGGUCGUCUAUGGCUUCCUAGAUGCGGUGUUUGUGCUCUCUCUCUCUCUCUCUCUCUCUCUCUCUCUCUCUCUCUCUCUUUUGUCUCUCCUCUUCCUACAUUUGUUCCGAUCCAGCUUCAAGCUUUGUCGGCAUGUUCCUAGUUGGUUUGCUCUUUUUCUUAUUGUUUCAGUUGGUACUGUUGUCUCCGGCAUCUCAUUCAGGCUCUCAAAGUUAACUACUUGCGGUUCUCGUAAGCGGCGUUUAGGUGGUUUUGCGGAGGCUCCGCGUGGUAUGUGGGUUGCUUCACCCUCGGGACCCUUAACGGGUGUAACAACAUAUCCCAGUGCCGUGACAAUCACUUGGUUGUUCAUGGUAAUGUUGUGGCCAACACUUUUACAGAUCUUGAGCAUUCUCGGUUCAAUUCGCGGUGGUCUAUUCGUGCCCGCUUUUGCUUCUCCGCUCUUGUGUAUAGGGGCUCAUGUGGUCUCUGUGUCUCGAGUGGCUAGCGUGGUAGGAGAUUGUACAGCGGUUCGGUGCGAUAUUCACUGAUACUCCAGAGAUGACAUCGGGAAUCCCGGCAUCCGGGGCAACGAGGAGAACCUCACUUUCAGGUGGUCAUUGUCGAAGGCUGAGAACAGUACUUGGUUCCUAAGGAUUUUAGAAGCAAACCGGUCCUCGGGCAAUCCACGUUCGCUCUCCGACUUGGAAGAUCAGACCAGUUCAUCCUUGGCCGCCUGCUACAUUUUUGGGACUCCAAAAACAUUAAGAAAACAUUAAGAAGCAGUGUGAAUUUAUGGGAAUCACACUACUCCUGGAUCAGAAGAAUUCAAUUAUACAUGGAUUCAUUCCUGCUGCUCGCUCUCCUUAUUACAGUCCGUUUCUGAAAGCAUACAAGAUAAUGGACCACCCUUUCGUUUUCGUGAUCUGGUUUAUCCCCCAAACAACCAUCUAUGAGGUCAUUGACAAUGCUCUUAUCAUUAACAUUGAGAAAUUCAUGCUGCGGAAGUUUGUCCGACUCCAAGCCCUCGCUAACACUAAUCUAGAACUUCCCAAUGUUGUUGGGCAGAUCCAAUCUGUCCAAGGUUCGGAUUUAACAGAUGUUGGAGUGACGAGUCGUGUUGUUGUUCGUUUCGUGAUUGAACCGCCUAAGGUGGUGGUAUAUCUGUCUUUCUUGGAUGAUGCUGCUUCAGUUUUUAGGGGUCUGAUCAACUCAGGUGAUAGGACACAGUCUGUCAUGGUGGUCACUACUGUGAAUCCCAAACUUUUUGGAGGUAACCUAAACCUCAACUCAACGCCAGCAACGGAAUUUUAUUUCGACCCAGCACUUGAAGCCACUGCACAGUUCACAGCCAGCCUGGAUGGCCCAGUUGGGGAAGCUUUCCCGUGCAUCGAUACCAAAGAUGGCAUCAAAAAGAAGGAAGUUGUCUCCAUAGGAGAGCUAAACAAGUUCAUUACCAAUUCUGAUGAACAGACACAGGAAGCUGAUUUCAUUUGCAUGGCUCGGGUUGUGGAAGUUCUGCAACAAAAUGGUCGGUAUUUCGUAUCUUGCACUGGCUGCAGCAAAAUCGAAGCUUGAGAAAAUUGGCAGUUCACUCCGUUGCAGCCGUUGUGCUACUCCCAACGUCACAUGCAUUAUAAACUACCGGGUUGAACUCUGCGUUGAUGAUGGUGUUGAUAAUGCCACUUUUGUUAUCUUCGACAGGGAGAUGGUGAAGCUUACUAAGCAUGAUGCAGCUGGCCUGACUCCCAACGAGAUGAAUGGUGGUGGGGGCGAGGAACUCCCACAAUGCGUUAAAGACAUUGCUGGAAAAGAUUUUUUUUUCCAGAUACGUGUGACACCAUUCAAUUUUAACCCAAGCCACCUUGCGUUCACUGUGUCUGUAAUCACUGACACCAUCGCUGCUGAGACGUUCAAAACCAACGGGGUUGAAUUUGUUGCGGGGAGAGGCAGCGAAACAUCAGCAUCUGCCGGCAAAAAGGUUGAAGACAAUGAACCAAGUCCACCCCCUGCUGGAGGCGCAAAGCGUGAACAUAAGCACCCCCGUGAGUAAAGUCAAAAAGCGGCCACAACAUCAAUCCAAACUCUUCUUUCGUUUCCACUUCGCAGUUUCUCUUUAGAACUUUGCAUUUUUUUCCUGUUUUAAGUGUUGGUUUUUAGAAGUACACUAUUGGUUUUCAAUAUUUACCUAAUAGGGUUGACGUAUUAUUAUUUGGCAUGGUUGAUAACUUAUUUUACA